AUGGAAAGUGGUGUGGAUCAGACCAAACAUCAGUGCACUUCUGCAGCAGCAGCAAGCAGAAGCUGGGACAUGGAUGGGAUGGUUGUCUCUGUUCCAGUUAGCAGAGGUCAGCAACACCCACAGUUUCCAAUCUUGGAGUGUCUCCUCCUGGCAGCAAUGGCAUAUGAUCGAUACAUUGCCAUCUGCAAACCCUUAAGGUAUACAGUUAUUAUGAACAAGGCCCUGUAUAGCCAGUUAGCAGCCUCAUGUUGGAUUGGUAGUUUCCUCAAUUCAGUGGUGCAUACGGUACUGACAUUCCGUCUGCCAUUCUGCAACAACCAGAUUAAUUACUUCUUUUGUGACAUACCCCCAUUGCUGAUCUUGUCUUGUGGGGACACUUCUGUCAAUGAACUGGUGUUGCUAUCCAUUGGAGUCUUCAUUGGUUGGACUCCUUUACUGUGCAUUGUCCUUUCCUACGUUUACAUAAUCUCCACCAUCUUGAGGAUCCACUCUUCAGAGGGGAGACACAAAGCCUUUUCUACAUGUGCCUCUCACCUGGUCAUUGUCCUUCUCUAUUAUGGUAGUGCCAUUUUCACAUAUGUGCGGCCCAUUUCAUCUUACUCAUUGGAGAAAGACAGACUGAUUUCAGUAUUGUAUAGUGUUGUUACUCCCAUGCUGAACCCUAUAAUUUACACAUUGAGGAACAAGGACAUCAAAGAAGCUAUGAAGACAAUAAGGAGAAGGUGGCAGCCACCAAGUCUUGGGAUGUAA